AUGUUCAAGAAAAAGCCUACUAUUAAAAAUAUCUCUCCUCUCCGGUCUUCUGAUCGCAGAAAGAUCGCAGACCAGAUCAUCAGCGACUACAAAGUCAGCGUUCCGACAGACACGCCAGCAGAAGCUGGCACUGAAGGCCCUGCACCCCCCGCCUCGAACACGCCAAACCUCUCUGCCAUCCGAAAUUCUCUUCUGCCGGAGAGCUCGCUAUCUGCUCGUUUUACAACGACCCACGGCCCCGAGCUCCGUGAAGUCCAAGGCACCGUCUACGUCGGGACACAUCCCGAGGGAGAAGAGCGAGUCUUGUGGUUUAGAUUCGAGCAUGGGCCCGGUGCCGACGGACGCCUGUACCCCACUAUAUACACACUAUGGCAUAAUCCCCAACUAGUACCUCUGCUCUAUACUGGGGAACUGGUGAUGCGGAAACUUCGCGGUGGAGCGGAUCUCAUGACUCCCGGGCUUGCGAACGAUCCGCCGUUCCCUGAACGGGCAGUGAAAGGGGCAGUGGCUGCGGUGGCUAGUUUGGAUAGACCUACUGUGCCGCUGUUUGUUGGGGUCUGCGAGAUUGAUAUUUCAACUCUUUCGAACGUCGGAGGAACAAGGGGGCAUGCGGUCCGAGGUCUGCAUUGGGAAGGCGAUGAGUUGUGGGCUUGGAGCCCGUCGGCUCGACCCGGUCAACCUGCUCCUGAGUAUCUCGAGGGCUGGGAUGAGGAGAUCCAGGAUGUCGAAGAAAAAAUGGAAAAUCUGGUGCUGGAUGAGAAGGAAGUCGAAGUCGAACAGGACGUGGAAGACGGCAAGGAUGCUCAGGAUGAAGUGCCCGAGGCGGAACCUGAACAUGUCUUAGCUGAAGAGGCAAAGGAGCCCACGACCAAGGAGAUCGAUGAGGCGUUUGUAAGGGCUUUUCUAUACGCUCUUUAUAAACAUAAACAGGACAAUCCGUCCUCGCCCCAUCAUGGAUUGGCCCUUCCUGUCCAACCAUCUGCUUUGAUUUCCAGUCUUAUUAGUCCAUUACUUCCGAUCUAUUCCCCGCAGCAAGCUCAAUAUUACAACGUCAAGAAGACCAGCUGGAAGAACGUCAAGAAGUUUAUCAAAUAUCUGGAUAAAGAAGGCCUGGUUAAGUCCAAGGAACGAAAUGGACAAGAAACAGUUAUCAUGGACGUGAACUUCAACCACAAGCGUCUAGAACAAUUCGUUCCCUACAAACUUCCAACAAAGAAUGCUGUCGAGAACGCCGGAAAGCCGGUCACGUCUUCAAAAAAGACACCAGACAUUGAUGGCGAUCCAUCCGUUGGCCAAACACUGACUGUCCAGACUCUGUACCGGCCAACAGGAAAGCUGACUCCGACCUUAUUUCCAGCUCUUUCCAGCACCGACCCCAAAAACUUCUACAAACCCUCCGAUGUGUCUAGACGCCUGGAUGAAUACCUAACAUGUCAAGAUCCCCCAAUCAUCUCCCGAGAGAAUCGACGCAUAAUUUUACUCAACCCAUUCCUAACUAAUACCGUGUUCACUUCAUCUUCUUCGGAAGACAAGGCGACCAUUGCCCGAGGAAAAGUGACUCGCGAUGGUCUCCUCAAGCGUCUCGUGGAGGAUCACACCCUUCUAGCACCGUACCACGCCAUUCUCAAAUCAGGCCAAACUCUCGCGGACGUCAAGCCGAAACCCGGCGCAGCACCCAAGGUCAUCGUGACCGUCGAACGCCGCACAGGCACCAAGACCGUCACCAAGGUCAUGAAUCUGGAAGUUUUCGGGAUCAUUCCUGCGCUGCUCGCCGAGGAGCUUCAGAAGAAGUGCGCUAGCAGCACGAGCGUCUCUCAGGCAACUGGUGCUCCGAAGGGGAUUAUGGAGGUCCUCGUUCAGGGGGACCAGAGACAGACGAUAGAGAAGGCCUUGGUCCGGCGAGGGCUGAAGACGCAAUGGAUGGACGUUGUUGAUAAGACGAAGAAGAAAAAGAAAUGA